UGUCCAGGUCUAUAUCUGUAUCUUCAUCUAUAUCUACUGUACUACGAGCCCUAUUAUAUCUUCAGUGUUGCCACAGAGUCAUCCACAAAGCUCCUCGUCGGCAACCGCACCUUCUAGUUUGACAUUGACUGCAACAUCUUCAUCCUCUACCUCUGCGAUCCCAACUCCAACGAUCGUUCCGUCAUUCUUUUCGUGUGAAGGCCUAGGCUGUUUAUCAAUGUAGAUGUUACUCCAGCCCUUGUCAAUGGCAUGAGUUCUGACCCUGCGGGUCUCACAGUCGAGAAGUGUCUCGACGAUGCACUCGACUGGAAACAUGCUGGAGUUGGAUCUAACGGGAAAUGUUUCUUUGCGAACGAGCUUGCUAACCCAUCGCAGCACGCUCCUACCAGUGACUGCAACUUGCCAUGCCCGGGAGAUCCCAAGGAAGUCUGUGGUGGGGUCAGCCGUGUCAUGGUGUACCAAGAUACAAUAUGGGAUAUUACCACGAUAUCUGAACUACAGGCCGCACUGUUCUCGUUUAAUUCGACCAUUGUAGCACUUCAGGCAGCGGUAGUAGAUUUACAACGAACCGCACAGCAGAGUUCGUCUUCUACCUUGUCCGCGACAACAUCGACGAUUGCAAACGAACAGGGUAGGGAAUAGUGUGACCUCACUCCAGUGCCACCGCGGUGUAAUAUAGCUAUAGUCUAGUUUAGUGGAGGAUAUACUAUAGC